AUGUAUAAUAAUUUGGACAAUCUUAUGCCUGGAGGCAACAGAAAACAGAUGGCGGUAGGUGAACGUCCUCAGGACAUCUGUGGUUAUUAAUUAUUAUGGGCCCUCUCAGACUUUAGACAUAUCUGAAAUAAAUACCUCUUAAUGAAUAAAUCAGCCGGUCUGCUUAGUGGUUGAGUAUAGUAUAUUGUAUUAAGCCCAAAGAGAAGGCAUACUUUUACAGUUUGUAUGACAUCAGAUGGAAUAUUAUUCGUCUUGAUAUCUUUAGUUUGGCAACUGUUUAUAUGACACUCGAGACGAAACCAGAUCCCCGGCCCUGCUCCAAUUUGCCCUGGAUAUAGCCCUUGAACCACUUUAACCUUCAAUUUCAGCCAUUCGAUGCAAAAUGUUUCGUUUUCGUCCGCCUUUCCCAUGGAUUCCGCAUUUCCCACGAUCUCGACCGAAGAGCUCAGAGAGCGUCGGAUCCUGAUGUUCGGCUGGUUUCUCCUGUUCCUCUGGAUCAGCUCGGUGAUCUACAUGACCAGAGAAUUCUUCUUUAA